AUGCCUAUGAGUAAUGACAAAUUUGUGCAAUUCAGAUUACUUGAAGGCUUGCUGAAUGCAUUUCUCAAAAAUUAUCCAUUAUCUCUGCCUGAGCUGCGAUAUCUUGGGGAUUGUUCUGGAUCAACAAGCACCAGCAAAUUCAACAUUCCAAAGAACAUGAGAGAACAGAGCAUAACUGGUGCUUCCAGCAAAAGACAGAAGGGUUGCAAGGGCAAAGCCUCAGAAAAAAUGAAUCCUGAUGAUAAACUCAAGCAACCUAGAAUAUUGGAUGCUUUCAAAAGAGCAGGAGUAACAGUCAGUCAAGCGACAAACAAAGCUUCUUCACAACCAUCGUCAAGUGGAAUGAUGUCAAAGGAUAUUGCACAAGAUGCUAAUGAUCCUGGUGAAUUUGGGCUUAUAGAUUUAAUGGCAGCACCAAUUAAACUGGAUAUGCAAAGAUUCAAAUUCAGAACUCUCCAUACAACAUGCUUGUCUUUGUUGAACUACUCAGAGUGUCAAGAUUCAUCUUCUUACCUUGAAACUGAGCUACCAACAUAUCUAUAUCUUCUCCGUGAUCUGCAUAACAAAUUAGAUAAUCUAAAUCCUUCAACCAAGACUUUUCUUAGUACUUCUCAAGCAAAAUAUACUCGUACUCACUGCCAUAAGAGCACACAAGAAUUUCUUGACAAAAUCCAGCCUCUAUUCUUAGUUUUAAGGAGGCAUCUGGAUGGAGCAGUUUCAAUGAUCAAAGAUGUAUCAGAGAGCUGCCCAGAUAACUGGAGUUCACAUUCAUCUUCUGCUGGCAACCCAGGCAUACCAUAUGUGGUGGUCUCCAAAUCAUCAAUUGUGACUGCUGUAUGCAAGGAGAUUCUUGGCUGCUACAGGAAGUUACUUGCCAUUCCUGAUCUGUUGAAUCAACCAAACAUGUCAAUUCUGAAGCAACUUUUGCAGACUUUGCAGCCAACUGAAAAUUUUGAUGAUGUUCUUUCUGAGUUCCAACCAUCUCUUGCUCCUUGCAAUGUUGAUUACCUAUAUUGUGGAGCAUGUAAAAUGUUGGAGGAUAUUAUGGAUCCAGUGUCCUCGUUCUCAUACCUUUUGUCUUCUGAUGUGUUAAUUACUAUACAAUCAAUUGUGAAUUCUGUUGUUGUAUUGUUGGAAAAAUCUGGGGAACCAAAUGGGAAAAAUAUACACAUGGGAUGCUCCAAAGUGAUCAUUCCCUUUCUGCGAAAGCGUCUUGGAUACUCAGCUCAUAAGCUGCUAAGCGCUGAUUUCCCUAGCGAAGAUGCUGAAAAAGGAUGGCAGAGUAAAGGUGAUCUUAUACAGAAGAUAUUGCAAAUAUACCUCAGGAAUAGUGACUCUACUUCAGAUCUACUUGCUGAGAUAUUGCCUAAGGAACCUUCGCUCAAAACAAAAGAUACCCAAGAUGUAUCGUAUGGUUUUCCAACAUUGUGUUCCUCCACUAUUCCCUCUUGGUACCGUGUGCUUCAUGAGGAGAACACUGGGAGUUUAAACAAGACGAUCAAACAAGCACUGAAGGCUAGAGCAUCACCUGAAAGAGGAUCAGUUGAUACUAUUCUGCAAGAAAUUCAGAAAUCAGUGGAGACAUUUGUCUCUCUAAUAGGAUUGUGCAAGGCUCACGAAAAGGUUUCUAUGCAUGCAAUGGCAGUUAAACAUGGGGGAAAGUUUAUCGACACAUUUCUGAAAGCCUUCAGCUUUCUAGAGACACAUUUCGAGCAACAUAAUGGCACCAUAGUCAAAAUGCUAAGACUACUUCAGAAAGCGACAAGAAUAAUCCAAUCCAUAUGUUCAGAUGCUAAGGGUAACAAGCGGACAAUGAUCACAAGCAAAGUACCUCCUGCAAAGCGAUCCAUGGAGCGGUUCUUGUUCCAAGUUAAGGCGCUGCUACACAACUGCUCCACCGAGAAGGAAUUCCAGAUGGGCAAUUUGAAGCACAAGGACUUGCAAGGCCAUGUGGUGAGCUCUCAAGCCUAUGGGAGCGUGGACGAGGAAGAUGAGGAGCAGAUGGAGACUGACUCUGAGGCUCCGGAUGAGGAGAACGAUAACGACAACGCAAUGGACGAGGAUGCAGUGGAAGGGAGUAACGAGACGCCAAUGGAGGAGGAAGAGGAAUAG